AUGGGCGAUGGAAAUGCUGACCCUGUCAUUCUCAGUAGCACAUUUCUGGAGCUCCAUUCUGGAGGCACUGGCGCAGUUGGAGCCUUCGCCAUUACUGGCAUGCCUCAAUGGCAAGUGACUGCAUUCAUUGAAAACAACAUUGUGCUGUUUGAAAUGAUCUGGGAAUGUCUCUGGAUGAACUGCAUAAGGCAGGCUGACAUCAGGAUGCAAUGCGAAGUCUAUGACUCCCUCUUGGCACUUCCCCUGAUCAUCAGGCUUCCAGGUUCAGCCUUGGCAUUCAUUGCAUUUGCAGUAACCAUUCUUGGCCUGAAGUGUACACAAUGUACAGGAAGUGAUGACCCAGUAAAGGGCUACAUUUUGCUAGCAGGUGGCAUAGUUUUCAUUGUUGCUGGUACUGUUGCGUUCAUCCCAGUGAGCUGGAUUGCCUGUAACAUUAUCCAAGACUUAUACAACCCGCUUAUCACAGUGGCUCAAAAGCAAGAGCUUGGGGAGGCACUUUACAUGGGCUGGACAUCUGCCUUUUGUCUCAUUGCUGGAAUUGCUAUUUGUUGUUUCUACCAUUGUAAUGAAAAAAGUGGAACAUAUUGGUGGUACUCAAUGCCUUUGCAACAGACAGCUUACAAUCAUCAUUUGCAAAGAUCUGACUGUGCAUAUUCCAAGGGUCAAUAUAUUUAG